AUGAUAGACUCGGAAAAUACGGACAAAGACCUGGACUAUAAUACCCACAGCGAUGGGGGACCGGACGCCGAGUCGACUGACGCCCCGACCAAAAGGCCUACGAGUGGUGAGAUGACGGCGGAGGAGAUGUCCGCUCAGGGAAUCAUGUUUUUCUUGGCCGGAUUCGACACCACCGCUGCUGCCCUAACCCACGCCAUAUACUACCUGUCCCUUCACCCGGAGUGUCAACAGAAACUGUACGACGAGUUGAAAACGUGCGACGAGUUUACGUACGAAACGUUGGGUCACUUGAAGUACUUGAAUGCUGUGAUCAAUGAGACCCUACGUCUGGCCCCAUCCGUAAUCCGCGUACAAAGGGAAUGCCUACAGGACUACAAACUUGGGAAUACAGGUAUAACAAUACCAAAGGGCGCAUCCGUUGAAAUAUACCCCUACGCUAUACACCGGGACCCUGAGUACUGGUCCAACCCUAAUGUCUUUCUACCCGACCGGUGGUUUGAGUCGACACACCAUCCCUACGCGUAUUUACCGUUUGGUGGCGGACCCCGACAGUGCAUUGGACAACGGUUUGCCAUAAGUGUAAUGCGGCGCCGGGUGUUUUGCCAUCCAUUAAUCGUCCCCUUAACCAAAGUGUUGGCCACGUACGGGACCCCGGUGCUGUGGCUGUCUGUACCCGUUACGAUUCUGGGUAUGGGAGUAGUCCCUACCGUACGCCCUACCGUAGGCAUGCUGGGCCUCAACCACAGUCAUCGCGGCAGCGAUUAUACAAAACACUAA